AUGCGCGUGCAAAUGUACACCGAGGAAGAUUUUCAGUCGGGGGACUUGUCAUCAUCGGUCCUUGGCCGGGUCGACCUCCGAAAGAGCAAGCCCCGAUUUCGACGGAAUCAGGUUGCUUGUGACUCGUGUCAUAUGCGGCGUGUACAGUGCGAUCUGAUAUCACCAUCACCGUGCUCACGUUGCCUACGCACGGGCAUGAACUGUGGGCUUUCUCGCACGCUACGGAAACGAGGACGCACGGCGCGAUCCAAGCUAGGAAACGGAACCGCAACCGCAAAACACGAGCAGUGUCAUUCACCAGAGUACUUACAAGUGCAACAAGCCCACGAGUGUCCCAUCGCUCACUCUUCAUCGACUGCGUCCCCGAUGAGCCCCACCACCCCGGCUUCGGCCACUAAUUUAGGGUCGACACCGACCAAUGAAAUCGAUACCCUUUUGGCCUUGUGCACGGAGGAAAAUCAUUCUCCUUUCGGCAUUUCACAGGAAUGGGAAAUGCCAGGUGUGCAUUAUGAGGGGGACUACCCGAAAGAAUUGCUCGAACCAAUUUCCCAAGAUGAAGGUCCUCAACUACUGAUGCCGGACUCGUGUGACCUGGGUCCCACCGGCUCCUACAGCCUCAGCCAUGAGCUUUCGCCUAAUUUCUCUUCGCCCGCAGAUGGUAUCUCGACUGGAGCAGGUAGACCUAUGCGAGAUUCCGCGAUAUGGUAUCCUGUAUUGGAUCGGAUUAUGAUCACUUUGGAGCCCCAUAUCUCUUGCCAGCUUGCGUGUCAUUUACUCGAACUAUACUUUUCUGAAAGAUCGUCAACAUAUGCACACGCUAUUUACGGACACGUUCCUUGCUCUCUUUUGCGCAGGGCAUCUUUUCUAACUGAUGAUUUUCGGCCUACCAGCCCUGCACUCUUGGCGAGCAUGCUCUGGUUGGCUGCGGUGGAUGAUCGUGACUGUUCACUGCCUAUCUUGCCAUCUCAAAAGGUCAAAAUUUGCCAAAUAUUAGGCAACGCCGCUUUUUAUUUUCUGUCAACUUCGAGAAAUGGACGUUCCGGGGAUGAGGACCCCUUAGCUCCAGGCUCAUACCCACCUACAAUGGCCCAAGACCCGAGAACACGUCCAGCUGAUCUCGACGAUGUGAUCACUCACAUUCAUAUCGCCUCAAUCCUGUCUGAUGAGCAACGCCCCUCAAGCACUUCACGGUGGAAGACAGCCUCCGAUAUGGCCCGUCAACUCAAACUCAACGAAGAAUCAUACCCUCUGCCAAACACCACGGGCUGGGGUAAUCUCCAUUGUCAUGCCUGUCAUCACGAAGCACCAAGCUCUCUCGACGGUUCGAAACACUGUAUCCAUGGUGGAACGGAAACACAUCUCGGGUGUAUGUGUGAGGGGAUGGAUACUACCGACUCGCCUGCCUUUACAGAAGAGCAUCUUGAAGAGCGAAGAAGAACAUGGUGGCUCCUUUACAUUCUGGACCGGCAUCUAUCACUGCGUCAUAACCGUUCACUGGAGAUUAGUGAUGCAGAAUGCGCAGCCUUACCACUCCCGGUGGACGAGGUGUCAUGGCAGAAUGGUACAUUUACCAAGGGCUUUUCUCGCCCGCAGACACACAACUUGAACUCGGAGCGUCAAGCUUCUCAAGAUUUUCAAUUUCGCGAUUGCUCGCUCUUUGGAUUCUUCCUUCCUCUUAUGAAAAUCAGCGGGGAGAUCUCAAAGCUCAACGAUAUGCAAUCACAGGGAAACCGUGGGCAUGAAAUUGAAGAAGAACGGUUAUUACAGCAUAUCGGGACAUAUCAGGAUAGCCUUGCAAAUUUCAUGAGAUCUGCAAAUACUUCAGAUCCCAAGUCAAAGAUGUUGGAUGCAUUUUACGAUACCCGGCAACAAACCUGUGUUGCAUAUGCUUCCUACCUUGUGCAGGCUCUACGCAUUCUGCUAUUGGGUAAACGACACUGGCUCUUUCUCAUUGAAGAAGCUGAAUUUUGGAAGUCUCCCACUUUCAUAUCCACCAUCUCACACGCCUCAGAUGGGACGUUUUGGCUGCGAAGAAUUUUGGACCUUGAUCCAGAUGUCAGCUUCAUGCCAUACCUUUUCGGUAUCAUGUUAUUUCAAGCUAGCUAUCCCAUGCUCUUGGUUGUUGAGCGUCUCCAAAGCAAGUCCGGCAAAGAGAUUCUCGAUGCAUGCGAAGUCAUGAUACGAGCCACUGAGUCGUGUUUAGUAACACGAAAUACAGAAUACCAGAGAAAAUUCCGGCAACUGAUGCGCAGUACAGUCUCCCAAGCCUGGGGCUGUCCUGUGAGUGCAAGUGAAAUUCAACGUCGCCGCAAAGCAGUGUUUAGUCUUUACUUGUGGACAAGACGAGGGACACAUUGGCCUGUUGAUUCUGAGAAUCGCAACCCGACAUAA